ACUCGACGAAGCGGUAUUUUCGAGAUACUCUGUUGCGAUCAUCUGUGGUAAUGGCAGACAUCAGUUUGACACAGGUUGGCGUAGUGAUAAUCGUCACGGCUAUAGCACUGUUGUAUCAACUUGAGCUGGAUUACGAUCCCCUAAUUGUCCAGCGAAGUGCCGUGGUUGCAAGAAACACUGAUGACGUCUUCAAAUAUUUGAAAGAAGUAGUUGAUUACCCAAAGUGGACGGGCUUUGUACACCACGUUGAACCGUUGGACAACUCUGCCUUCGGUAUUGGGAAAUCCUACCACGUGCACUUGAGGGUACCUACAGGACUGAAUCGCUAUCACACCCUGGUCCGCACAUACACGCCAAACAGCGAGCUAGCGUUCGAUUUGGAUAUGGACCUUCUACAACCCAUCGUUGUCAUUGAGGUCACGGAAGGUGCAAAGCCAGGCCUUUCUAAGGUUUCACUGAGUAUCUAUUCACAGAGGAGGAGUUAUCUUUUCAGGAGCACUAUUCUGCCAGUUGCCCGAUUUGUGAUUACCGGUCACCUCCAGGGGGCGCUGUUCCAUAUGAAGCUACUGAUGCAGCAAUGACGAGCGUAAGCAUGUCCAUCAUGUCUGCUCUGUGCAGUACAGCUCAUGCAAAAGCCUCAGUUGAGCUGUCAUCUGCAAGACUGACACAGCGUCAACAUCGGUACAAAGUGAGCAUGGCAUGUCUGGAAAUGAUGUGUGUCCUUGGGCAAGGCACUUGACUACAAUUGCUUUUUUCUGCCCACGGAAAAGUGUGGUCCAUUUCAACACAGAAUUCUUGUCCGUUUCCCAUCUGUAGAGGUUGGGAUACCACUGUUAUAAAGGAUUUUUGAAAAGUCCUGAUGUGGCUGGUUGGCUGAGGUUACGGAGUGCUUUCACCUGUUAUUGUAUCACUAAAUAAAUUUACCAAUUUGAUAACGCAGUAUCAAUGUUAUAAGUGGUGUAAUUAUAAGACUGCAGGGCAGCCCCCCCCCCCCCACCCCCGAAAAAUUUGGAGGAAAAUGAGCUCUGUAAAUCAAGCAUGAAAGUUCGUUUCCAGUCCAAUUAUUGAAACAAUGACUACAUAAUUAUAUACUCAUUGAGUGUCUCCUGGAGAAAACGACCCCCCCCCCCCCAAGCAAAUUGGACCUUUGUUAUGUUUAUAUGAGAAAGAAUGUAAAUGCUAGAAAUACUAUUACUUGCAUCUCCAUAAGUUGCAUUGGUUGAUCUGAAUAAAUUAUUGGCCAUUAUUAGUUGUUCCUUUAUUCUGGAACUUUUAUGAAAUGUUAGUGUGUAGGAGGAGAGAUGAAAAUGUGCCUGAAUUUGUAUUUUCUACAUUAAGCAAGUUUUAGUCGGGAAUAAUGUACAUACUGUAUGUUUUUAUGUCACAGUUAUUAAUUUAAUCAAUGGUAGUGUUAAGUAGAUGGAACUGGAAAAGUUUCACUGAAAAACAGAAAAGGAAAAAAAGAAAAACAGGACUAUUAUCAUUUGAAUUGUGGCUGCUUUUCAUUCAACAAAGAUAUCAGCUGGGAAAUAUUUUCUUUCGAGCUGCUGCUAGAAAUGAAAAAUACAGAAUCUCAAAUCAUGAAACCAGAGCCUCGAUGCAAAAAAAUAAAAUCCACCAAACCCAAAAAAGAAUUGCUGUUUGAGUGUCAUAUAAAUCUUUGUGUUUUACAUCAGUUGAUGGUUUAGAAGAUUUAGACAAUAGAAGACUCUUUAAAAUAAUGUCAGUAGAUGUAAAUUGUCACUUCAGUUCUUUCAUACUUUUAUUCAACUUAACCAAGUUAAUACAAAAAGUAAAUGUGUUGAAACAUUUAAAUACUUAAUGUAUAACAAAUUUUAUACAAUCAUGUGCAAUUUCUUGCUACAGUACCAAAAUGUCGUUUCUUAAUGUUUAAAAAAUAAACUACGAGGAACUCGUAUUAUAGUGUUUUUAUUGUUUAUUUUUGCUUUGCAGUCUUUUGCUAGUCCAACAACUGUUAAUAAAGAUUUAAUAAGCAAAUUUAUCAAGUUGACGUAACAUUUUACAUAAUAUUUCAAUACUUAUUUGCAUCUUGAAUACAUGUACAUGUUUUAUAUAACAAAAAUCAAGGCAGUGGAAUUAUUUUUUCAACUUGCUAAACUUUACUACACUUUUUUUUUUAUCAUACUG